AUGUCCAAGUCAACCUUUCCCUACGAGAUAUGGUUGAAUAUCGCUCACUUCAUCCCACCGCUCGUCCUUGAGGACCUCUUCAGUGUCAACAGCGCGUUAUUUCACCUGGCGAUGGAGCAGAGAUACAGGCAGAUCAGUUUUGCGUAUCUGAGCAGGAAGAUGUUGAGGUUACUGGAACGACUCAAAGAUCCAGCCGUCGCCAAACGCGUCCGGAUACUCCACAUACAUCCCCAUUUCGUCAACGAAGAUUUUGACACGCCGGCCUCCUCGCUCUUCUCGUUCAGGAAGUUUUUUGGACGCAAGUCGCGACCACCACGUAUCAAGAAUCUCGAUGAUUUGAUAUCAAUCAUGGGUGACGUUCUGAGCAGUCUGCCAAAUCUGACAGAGUAUCACAUCGCAUGGGUGGGGCUACAGAGUGCCCCAGCACCGUUUCUAUGCACCCCAUUCGGUUCUUCGCCGCUAACGAGGCUUACCCUCGAAAUCACCCUGGAAAACCUGCAGACCUUGCUCAAGUCACAACCCUCAUUUUUUGGCACCCUACGUGGAUUGGAUCUCUUUUUGCGCACGGACCAUGCACUCGACGUGGCCGGAUACGACCUGAUCUUGUCGCGUACGCUAGCACCGAUGAUCAACAGCCUCUCCCUACAGAUGCUCUCCCUUCGUCUAUGGGAACCUAUCGAUAUGUCGCCCUUCUUCUCUGCCUUAUACCCUCAAACCAAUCUCCAUACCCUCUCCUUAAGCAUACCCCUCACCGCUCCUCACUUAGGCAACCCAGAUAGUGUCGCCGCAUUCCUCAACAUGCAUAGUCGCACCCUUCGCAACCUUUCCCUGCGUGCAACCGAUUUGAGUUCCCCCAUCCCAAUCGUUGACGAUUCUCUCUCUCAAUGGAUGCAGCGUGCCUUCUAUGCUGUGAACCUCUCCUCACUUUGUUCGCUCGAGCUAGGGAUGGGUAGCAUACCCUAUGAGAGUGCGCAACUCUGCAUAAGCCGGUUCCCCCGGACCCUUGCCAAUCUCGUGAUCACAGGACGGCAUCUCUCUAUGGAGGAGGUACGAGGGUUGCGAAUACCUCGAUUGCGCCGCCUCCGUAUGGGACCUGUUACACUCAGCCCGCAGCUGAUGGACUAUUUAGCUGCGCGUGUGGCGGUACAGAGAUUGGAGUUGGUUGCUAGUGAUGUUGUACCCCGUGAUGGGGAGGAGCCGAUAUACGAGGAUAGGGAACAGGAAGAGAGUCAGGUGUGCAAGUUUUUUCAGGAGAUGGAUGAGAGGAGGUACGAGGGCUGGGACGUUAGGUAUUUGGAGGUUACGAGGAAUGCGGUACCGUGGAGGAGGCGGUAUGAGGACGGUUUUAGUAACCUUUGGAGCAGAUGUGUUCCUUCUUUGAGGGAGGUGACUGUCUAG